AUGGAUUACGCCAGCGCUAUUCGACAGCAAGCGGAAGAUCUGCAAGAUGAAUUGAAAGAAUUAAAUCUUUGGCAGGAAGAGGUUCUGCGGCAAGAGGAGGCAAACAAAAAACGAAGGAUUCACCCUGCAAACACAGAUGCAAUACCACCUGUGAGGGGGACGGUACCUUCGCUAAAAGAGGCUGUUUUGAAUUCUAAUAAAAGGAUUUCCGAAGUAGAUCCAGUGAAAAAUGCGAAGGAAAAAGGUAAUACGUUUUUUCAGGCCGGAAAAAUUAAAGAAGCCAUAGAGGCAUACAGCACUGGAAUAGACCUUGAUGCUGAGGGAACUGUGGCGCAUGUGUUGUACGGGAAUCGGGCAUUGUGCUACUUAAAGCUAGAGCGAUGGGUAGAUGCGGAAAUUGACGCUUCCGCAUGUCUCCGUUUGAAUCAUAGUUACUCAAAGGGGUACUUUCGUCGGGCUAUGGCUCGAAAGCAGCUCGGCAACUUGAGGGGGGCACGCACUGACCUUGAGGCUGUUCUUGCGCUUAUUCCGAAUGAUGCAAGUGCCAUUAGUGAAAUGAAAGCAAUAACGCAGAUGUUGCAAUUUGAGCGAGAAAAUGCUGGUCCUGUUAUUAAGAAAAAAAAAGUCAUUAUUACGGAAGUCGAUGAAGAAGAAGAGGGAGAAAAUGAACAAAAGGGAGAAACUGAUAAUAAAAAAUCUGGUUCCACUAGUAAUGGGAACGAGCCUUUUGAACUGGAAAGAAGAGAGCACUUUCAAAAAGGGAUGCAAGAGCUUGAAAGUGCUCGGGAGAAACGACGUCAACUACAAGAAUCCAAGGUAAAGGAGGAAGAAGCAAAGCUUAAUCAGAGGAGACGAACAUCUGCACGAGUGGAAGUUAUUGAAGAAGAGUCUGUCGAGGUGAAAAAUGAGAGUUCAAUUCCACAGGCAACAAUGGAGGAGGAAAGGAUUAAAUCGAUGGUUCUAAACUCUGUCGAUUCAAAAACCCACCCGUUAAAAUCAACUGAGAAUGGGCGUGAUUUGCAGAACAUUGCCCCACGCAGCCUUAGGACAUUUUGUAGGUCUUCUAAAGAGACGCUAAAGACACCAAAGUCGUUCACAGAGUUUGAACGGGUGUUUACUGAUAUCCGAGGUGAUGAGGAUCUCUGCUGUUAUUACAUCUCUUUGAUACCCCCGGCGAAUCUUCGCGCAUUAUUUGGAAACAAUAUGACACCAGACAUUCUUGUUUGGUUAUUGUCUACUGUGAAGCUGCUCCCAGGGAAUGUUGCAAUUGCCUUUCUUCAAGGGUUGUGUACGAUUAAACGGUUAGAGGAUAUUGCUCUUUUUUUUGAUAGUUCAGAAAAGAAGGUGGUCCAGGAAGUUCUUGACGUGAUUCGCUCUUGUGGAGCGUCUCAAAAGGAUAUGACCUUAUUUAGAGAAAAAUUAAGGGUGGCGUGA